AUGUCUCUUAGUGCCUUACAAUGUAUUAUGAACCCUGACAUUGUACUCAGGCUCGCUCACACACAACUUCUGCCAGUCAUUAAGAAAGCUCCAGUGAUAGUGAGUACUACCUCAACUACAGUUGGUCUUCGAUGGGAUGCAUGGUCUGAAGAAGAUGACAUAGGUGAUCCUCCUCUGGUAGGAUAUGAUGUCUUUGUAAUGGAGGAUGGUGACUGGGUAAUGGAUCAGAGAGCAAACCAACUCACAACAUCGGCCAUCGUUAGUAACCUGACACCCGACACAGAUUACAGGUUUGGUGUAGCAGCAGUGAGGGAAGGAACAGGUGGAACAGGACCCAUGUCUCAUACGAACAACACAAUAACUCUCUGUAGAAAACCCAGUGCUUCUCCAACUGGACUACAAGUUUCAGCCAUCAACCAUAAAGAGCUAGAGGUGACAUGGGAGCACCUCCCGUCGAAAUCAGCAGAAUGCAGGAGUGGAGUGACCAAUUAUAUGAUCUACUACGCUCCAACUGGAUCAACUUCUUCAAACUCUAUCUUGGUUCGUAAUGACACAAGCUCUUACACGUUAGGAGGGUUGGAUACUUAUCUGAACUAUACCAUUCAAUUAACUGCAUCAAAUAAAGACGAGGAAAGUGACAGGAGCAGUGAGACUAUCGGCAAAACACUUGAAGAAGUUGCACCUAGUCCUAUCAAUGUGGCUAUACCGCGGAGUACUACAAGCUCCUUCACUGUAUCCUGGUCUACCCCUCUACCAUCUAACAUCAAUGGUAACAUCCAGAAGUAUAUCAUCCGCUACCAGCAAACUGAUCCCGUUGUUAAUGGUGACUAUACGUCAGAGGAAGUAUUGAACGGUGCGUUUGAAGGAGAGCAUACUGUGGUAGAUCUACCCCGUGAAAUCAACUAUACAGUCCAGGUACAGACUGUUAAUGUAGCUGGUUCUAGUAAUUGGUCAGAACCUGUGAAUGCGAAGACGAUACAAUCAGCUAAUUGA